AUGGCCAUCCAAGAUGUUGCUCUUUCCAUUGUGGGGCCAUUUGUAGAGAAGUGUGUUAACCCAAUUUUGCGGCAAUUCAAAUAUUUAAUUUUCUACAAGAGCAACGUUCAAACUCUGAGCAAUGAGAUCAACGGACUUGGGCUACAACAAGCUGAAGUUCAGCGAUUGAUAGAUGCAGCAGAAAAUAAUGCUGAAAAAAUUAAACCAACUGUUGCUGAUUGGAUGAAAAAUGUAGAUGAUCUAAAGAAAGAGGCAUAUACUGUUUCUCAGGGUAUGGAGAGUGUUGAGGUGAAUUGCUUUAAUAUCGUUAGGCUUCCAAAUUUGAAGUCACGUUAUUUGCUAGGCCGACGUGCUGCAAAAAGAACAGAUGUUGCUCAGAAACUUAUAGGAGAGGGGAAGUUUGAUCAAGUUGGGUACAUAGCUCCAUUAGGGAAGAUGCCUUUUAGUGAACAGACCCAAUCCUCCAAGGAAGGCCUAGUUAGUCGGAUGUCAAAGGUGAAGGAAGUGAUAGAAGCUCUAAAGCAAGAUAAAACAAGCCUAGUCGCGAUUUGUGGUAUGCCUGGUGUGGGCAAGCCUUUUUUGGCAGAGCAAAUCGCAGACCAGGUUAAGUUUGAAAAGUUGUUUGAUGAAGUUGCCAAAGCAAAUUUGACUCAAAUUCCAAACACAAGAAUUGUUCAAGACCAACUUGCCGAGCAGUUAGGAUUGAAAAUUUCUGAGGAAACUGAUCGCGCGAGAGCUGAAAGAAUGUAUACGAGAUUAAGCAAUGGUGAAAAGAGAAUUCUUGUUAUAUUGGAUGAUGUUCAGGAAGAAGUUGAUUUUAAGAGUCUAGGAAUUCCUGUUAAAGGUGAAUGCAAGGGCUUGAAAGUUAUAUUGACAUCUCGCCUUUCUCAUGUCUGUAGUAGAAUGGGAGCUGAAAUUUUUGAGGUCGGUGCCUUGCCAAAGGAAGAAGCUCGGCCUCUUUUUAAAGAGGUUGUCGGAAUUUCUGAUGAUUCCACUUUGAGUGAUGUUUCAAACCAGGUUGCAGACGAAUGCAAAGGUUUACCUCUUGCAAUCGUUGUUGUUGCCAAGGCAUUCAAGAGUAACCACACAACACCAGAAUCCUGGAAUAUUGCCCUUCGACAGCUAAAGAAGUACACAAUGAGAGACAUAGAAGGAGUUCAAGAUUUGGUGUUUUCAAGCAUUAAGUGGAGCUAUGAUCAUUUGGAAAGUGUUGAAGCUAAGUCGUUACUUUUGCUUUGCAGUUUGUUUCCAGAAGAUUAUGUUAGGGUAUCAGGCCAAUUAUUUGAAAAAGAAAAGACCAACAAUUUAAUAGAAAACAAUAUCUAA